GCAAUUUGUUGUCAGCCGGAUCACACCGACUGGUCUCUCGGACAGGAGUCCCGAUAGGUGCGAAGGCUGGCGCCCUUCUCCAGAAAGAUGGUCGCCCAAGGUCACCUCCCUGUCCGACAGUCCCAGGAAGCGGGAGGGCCGGCCAGCAAAGUGCGUGGGCCAAGGGUGCCCUGACGGCGCCGUUCCCCGCCCCGCCUUCUGAUUCUGGGCCGGGUUUUCCCCCUGGCGGAGGACGGGAGGCUGCCCAGCCUCUAGCGAGAGCCAAUCAGCGUGCGGCUCCCAGCACGUGGAGGAGAGGGAAUCAAGAGCCAGGCUAUUGCGGCUCAGAGCCUACACUUGGUCCCCGGGUCUGGGGCAGGCGGAGGGGCCGGUCCCAGCGAGGCGCUGCCUGCCUGUCUGCCUGCCUGCCCGCCCGGCGGGGGAGGGGUGCCGGUCCCGCCCGAGCCCAGCGAGGGCCCCACUGCCCACCGGCCCCAGCCAUGAGCGCCCAGUACUCGCCGGAGGAGAGCUGCUCCGAGCGGGCCGACUGCAAAAGUAAAUCGCCAACUUUGCUCUCCUCCUACUGCAUCGACAGCAUCCUGGGCAGGAGGAGUCCCUGCAAGAUGAGGCUCAGCCUGCCGCCCUUGCCCAGCCGCGCGGAGCAGGACAAGGCUGGCCCAGGCCCCGCCAAGGGCAGCCCGUCGGGCUUCGAAGCCGCUGAGCUGCACCUGCCGCCCAAGCUGCGCCGCCUCUACGGCCCCGGCGGAGGCCGCCUGCUGGCGCGGACCGAGCGACCCGAGGCGCCCGCCACGUCUUGGGACUCGCUCAAGAUCAGCCAGGCGCCACAAGUCAGCAUCAGCCGCAGCAAGUCGUACCGGGAAAACGCGCCCUUCCCGCGGGCCGCCGCCACGCUGGAAGAGCUGGCCAGUCCCGGAGGAGGAGGUGGUGGUGGUGGGCCGGAUGGGCGGCCCCGUCGGGACGGGGAUCUGCUGGAUGAGGAGGACGAGGAGGACGAAGACGAGGAGGACGAAGAGGAGGCCGAGGACGAGGAGCUGGAGGACGAGGAGGAGUUGCUGGCCGAGGCCAAGGAGGCCCGGCGAGGCGUGGGGGGGCCCGUCGGGGGGAGCGCCGGACCUGCAGCGGCGCCGGGGCUGGAGUUCACGGAGGGCUCGCCCAAAGAGGAGCUGCUGCUGCCCGCCGAGGAACUGGCCGAGGGCAAGGAUGGCGAGGACAGCGUGUGCCUCUCGGCGGGCAGCGACUCUGAGGAGGGGCUGCUCAAAAGGAAGCAGCGGCGCUACCGAACCACCUUCACCAGCUACCAGCUGGAGGAGCUCGAGAGGGCCUUCCAGAAGACGCACUAUCCGGACGUCUUCACAAGAGAAGAGCUGGCGAUGCGCCUGGACCUGACGGAAGCCAGAGUGCAGGUCUGGUUCCAGAACCGGAGAGCCAAAUGGCGGAAGAGGGAAAAGGCCGGCGCUCAGAGCCACCCGCCCGGCCUGCCUUUCCCUGGUCCCCUGUCGGCGUCUCACCCGCUCAGUCCCUACCUUGAUGCUAGUCCUUUCCCUCCUCACCACCCAGCUCUCGACUCCGCUUGGACGGCCGCCGCCGCCGCCGCAGCAGCCGCCGCCGCCUUCCCCAGCCUGCCGCCUCCUCCUCCGGGCUCGGCAGCUUUGCCCCCCACCGGGACCCCGCUAGGCCUCAGCACUUUCCUCGGAGCGGCUGUGUUCAGGCACCCGGCCUUCAUCAGCCCGGCCUUCGGCAGGCUCUUCUCCACCAUGGCGCCUCUGACCAGCGCUUCCACCGCGGCUGCCCUGCUGCGACAGCCGGCCCCGGCCGUGGAGAGCGCCGUGCAAUCCAGCGGCCUCGGGGAUCCCACCGCCGCCGCCGCCGACCGCCGCGCCUCCAGCAUCGCGGCGCUGCGGCUGAAGGCGAAAGAGCACGCGGCGCAGCUCACGCAGCUCAACCUCCUUCCCGGGAACAGCGCGGGCAAAGAGGUGUGCUAAACCCGCGCCGGCGGGGGAGCCGAGCCGAGACCAAAUGGGGGAGAGAGUGGGGCGGGCGGGCGGGCGGGAGGGCGGGCGAGGGGACAGAGAGGGGGACUGGACCAGCCACGGGGCUCUCCUCCGCUAGGAACUUCCAGGAGGCCCGGGCGCACGUGGCGCGGCUGCUGCGGGAAAACCUCCUCCUUUGGCUGGUGCAUUUUCCCCACCAUGUACGUAUUAAUCCAUUCAUCGAUAAGCAAACCACUCACCCAAGAAAGUACCAGAGAAAGAAAGAAAGAAGAAAGAAAGAAAGAAUAUGAGGGGGGGGGGGCGCACACAGAAAGCGUGGCAAAAGGUAGGGAGCAUUCCUCUCUUCCCCUUCCCCCGGUCUCUUUUGUCACCACACCACCUCGGCCUAUAACUCGUCAUCUCAAAGGAGUUUUGGAGACUUCUGAAACGGGAGGACAGAACCAAGGAUGCUGAUGCUGACAGAGCCAAAAGGAAGAGCACGAUGCGAUAAACGCUGUGUCCAAUAUAACCAGUGCACUUAAGGCAAAGGGGUCUGGUCUUUUUGUCCUUUAUCACUGCACCAACCAAGGGUUUUAUAGCAAACCAAAGGGAAAUACAGUGCUAGAAAUAUGGACUGUUUAAAAGUCACUAAACUGUGAUGCUCGAUACUGUACAUACCACUGUUAUUAAAAAAAUGAGAAAAAGAAAAAAA